GCCCCGAGAAGCCUGUGGAAUGGUGAGCUCCUAUUGGCUGAUGCUCGUCUGUAUAAAGACCCGCUGUGGAGAGGAGAACUACACAGCCGCUGGUGGUGAGGUGUAAACUGGUUCUGGUGGGAGACGUACAAUGCGGAAAAACGGCGAUGUUGCAAGUCCUUGCAAAGGAUUGUUAUCCAGAGACCUAUGUGCCCACGGUAUUUGAAAACUACACAGCGUCUCUGGAGCUGGAGGAGCAGCGAGUGGAGCUCAGUCUGUGGGACACUUCAGGUUCUCCAUACUACGAUAACGUGAGGCCCCUGUGCUAUAGUGACUCAGAUGCAGUUUUGCUGUGUUUUGACAUCAGCCGUCCUGACACUGUGGACAGCAGUCUGAAGAAGUGGAAAACUGAGAUCCUGGACUUCUGUCCGAGCACACGGAUCCUGCUCAUCGGCUGUAAGACCGACCUGCGCACGGAUGUCUGCACGCUGAUGGAGCUGUCCAAUCAGAAACAGACUCCCAUAACCUAUGAGCAGGGUUCUGCUAUGGCCAAGCAGCUGGGCGUGGAAGCUUACCUGGAGUGCUCAGCGUUCACCUCGGAGAAAAGCAUCCACAGCGUGUUCCGCACCGCAGCGAUGGCCUGCAUCAACAAGCUGCAGCCCCUCCCCAAGCCAAGCCCCACCCGCCGCCUGUCCAAAAGACUGCUCCACCUGCCCAGCAAGUCGGAUUUGCUCUCUUCCACCUUCAAGAAGGAGAAGACCAAGAGCUGCUCGGUCAUGUGAGUGGAGACCUCCUGGGUUACAGUCCUCACAUGCAACCCCCAGCCCCUGCCUCUUUGGUCUCGGGGAAGGGGGGGUGGGCACGAUGGCUUUAUCAGGGCUUCCUGCUGAAUCCUUCCCUCACCCCCCCGGAAUUCAAACACCCCUCAGUAGAGGUGGACACUCCGCUGUCCACUUGCUCCUGAACCUUUUAGCGCACAUCCAUCUUUUUCCACUUCUGUUUAUCUUGUUUUCAGAGAAACAAUAUCAGUCAAGGUUUGAUCAUCCAGCUAGCAUUUUUUCUCACCUGUAAACAGUAUGCAACGACAAGGGUGUUACAUCUGUAUGAUUUUACUAUCUCUAGGCACAUGUUGAUUCUGUCCAAAUUGGAAAUGUGUGACGUUUAAUCUUGUGACGUAAAUGCCUCUUAGACAAUUCAAUGGAUAUUUUUCUUAGUACAAAAAUAAAUCUAGCAUGAAACCAUCAGGAAGUAGCAGCAUCCUGUACAUCCCUCUUAGUAAGGUGUGUGAGGUGGGAAAUAGCUUGUUGCUGGUGUCCCCAUGUAAGCUUGUGAAAGCCCAGAGAUGUAGAGGGAGUAGAGGGACACACCACAGCGAGAGAUAUUACAUAGAGGGCUGUUCUCGUUGUCUCAGUAGUGAUGAGAGCAGGGAGAAGAGCUGUGAGCGCAGGCUGCUGUGCAGACAGCAGUCUAGACCAUUUCAACCUGCAUGGAUUGUUGAUGCAUGGUUGUGUAGCUCUGGACAGCGCUGCUCCACGGGCUUUCAGUGCUGAAGAGGCUGUGUGUAUACAACACACCUGCAGAAAUGAGGAAACGCCCCCAAAAAAGGUGUCUAGUUGGGCUUCCGGUGUCUGCUGUAACAGAUGAUGUCUAUUUUGAAAUACUGUUUUGGUGAUGGGACAGACACAUUUCAAAUGAUGAGAAAAGAUGCUUUUGUAUAAAAAGCAUAAGAAACAGUUCAUUGCAGAGCUGUGGAGUGAUAUUUAUGAAGCCGUGUCUGGUUAAUGAUGCCAGUCUAAGUGUUCAGAGGCAUUUUAAAAGCCGAGGAUAACACUAAUAAGUCAGGGCGACUGCUAACGGAAAGAUCUGGUUUGCAGUUUCAAGAUUUGUAGCAUUGCGUUGUUGACAGUUUGUCAACAAUUCACAAAUGGUAUGCAGUUUUGAAAAAUGCCUUUCAUAUCCCGGAAGUCAAUGAGAUAUUUUGACUACUGUAAUACGCCUGUGGAUUUCUCUCGUUUGCAACAAUCCAAUGUAGCAUUCCCAAUCUGACUCUCUUCCAAGAUCACUAGUUUGGUGUCGCACACUCUUGUUAAUCUAUUGACCCUCAAUAAGCAGCGCCUACCGUAACAAUGAAUAUGAAUCAAAAACAAUUGAACCCUUCUCAGAGCUUAAAUCUUUGUCUUAAUGGUUAUGAGUGCAGCAUUGAUCUCUGUGCUUCUAACCAUGAAUCAAUAAUGAUUUAAGUGUGUGAUGCAAGAGAACCUGUGUGGCAAUAAAGAUUCAGCUUUGUGAUUACUGUCAUGCGAUAGCACUCCAUGGACAACCAUGUCAUAGACUGAAACCAUCUCUGCUGUAUAAAGAGCUGCUGCUCUGUGUUUGCCCCAUCUCCUCCGUGUUAGUAGCCACUGGUAUAUAGAAUAGUCAAUGACAAUGUCCUGCUAUGAAAUAGAUUGGAGUAUCUGAAUAAGAGGAAACGGCACUCUUUGAGUUGGAGAUGCUAGAAUUUGCUGUUAAUUUGGCAUAAUCAUGAAAUCAAAAAGUAUUAAGGAAGCAGGACUUAAAUGAACUACUUGAGUAAGUUGACAAUAUAUACUUUUAAAAUUGGGAAUCUACUUCAAAUGUCUAUAAUUCAUCUUGUAAAAAGGGCUAGUGCGUGGAGAAAAAACAUAAAUAAUGUGAGGAGAACAAGUAAUCAUAAUGCACAGGCUGGCCCUAUCCAAAGAAAGCUAUUUUUCCAUUCUUUGUUUAUUUGGUUAAUGUGUAUUUUGUGUUUCUUUUUAGUAUUCAAAAGCAUGAUGUGAGUCCCAGUGUUGUUUUGGAAAUAGCUCUCAAAGAUGGUUGUAGCGUCUUCAUGGAGCUGUGGACUGUCCCCGGUAAUCAGAGGAACUUAAUGUGGUGAUUUGCACAAAGGCUUCCAGUUCAUGUUCACACACCGAAUUCCUCAGCAUUGCCAUGGCAACAGUUCAGCAAAGGAAACAGACUGGCUCUUGGGUUGGUAGUGUGGACAGAGAGGGUUGGCUCACAAGCAGACAUCCCCACAUCCAUUAUUACAGCGUACAUUACGAAUUUAUUGCCAGGCUUGUUUAAAAAAUAAAAAUCUUAAUAUUGUCCAUUAGGUUACGGAGCUGAUGCCAGGCCUUCUGAAGAUGGGAUGGAUGGUCAUGUCAGUUAAUAUGCAGCCUUUGUGUUGUAGUCAGUGUGUGGUACAAUGGUGCAGUCAAACUCCUAAGCAUGUCCUAUUAAAGUUGUAUGAUUGUACAUACUGUCUCUUGUUUUAUAAUCAUUGUAAGACAUCUUUAAGGAUGUCAAAUAAAAAUAUUGUUGUUGAUGUGAAUAUUUAUUUGGUAGCUAUUUUGCCUUUUUUUUAUUGACAUGUACAUUUGUUUAAAAUCUAUUUUGGAAAUCUCAUCUUUUUUCCUGAUUUUUUUGCUGUGUUUAAUAAAGCUUGCCCUGUCCGGCACCCUUGAAA